CGCAGCAGGGGCGGCGGCAGCGGCAACGGCAGCGGCGGCGGCAUCGUCGCCCCAGAGCGGGCGCAGGGUUCUCCACCCUCAAACUGUGGACUGACAGCAGCCAAGGAGACAGAGUUGAACUUGGUCACACAGUCUCCAGAGCCAGCAAGACAUGGGCCCCAUUGUACAACUCCUGGCACCCCUGAUGUGACUAGAAGACGUGGACGGGAGCUUUCCCGACCAUGUAGAUGCCAGCCCCAGGGAGCAUCAUGGGCCCCAAUGAAUGGAGUCUCCUGGGUCAACAACCCUGAGCCUCUGUGGCCCCUGGACCUCACCCCCUUCCUGGGGACACUCCUCAGAGCUCUCCAGUGUUGUUGCCAGCCCACCUCAGCCAUCACCACCUCCUGGGACUCGGAGCCGGCCGCCUCGAGCUACUAUCCUCUGGUGAGGGUGUACUGAGGACAGCCACACACAGCCAUCACCCGGAAGCCCCUUUUCCAGUGCUGACCCUCAGGUCCAGCCUGAGCAGAGACUUCAGCAAACAUGGGUGAUAUGACCAACAGCGACUUUUACUCCAAAAACCAAAGAAAUGAGUCGAGCCAUGGAGGCGAGUUCGGGUGCACCAUGGAGGAGCUGCGCUCCCUCAUGGAGCUGCGGGGAACCGAGGCUGUGGUCAAGAUCAAAGAGACAUAUGGGGACACUGAAGCCAUCUGCCGGCGCCUCAAAACCUCGCCUGUAGAAGGUUUGCCAGGCACUGCUCCAGACCUGGAAAAGAGGAAACAGAUUUUUGGGCAAAACUUCAUACCUCCAAAGAAGCCAAAAACCUUCCUGCAGCUGGUAUGGGAAGCACUGCAGGACGUGACGCUCAUCAUCCUGGAGAUCGCAGCCAUCAUCUCCCUGGGACUGUCCUUCUACCACCCACCCGGAGAGAGCAACGAAGGAUGUGCCACAGCCCAGGGUGGGGCAGAGGAUGAAGGUGAGGCAGAAGCAGGCUGGAUUGAGGGGGCCGCCAUCCUGCUGUCGGUCAUCUGCGUGGUCCUGGUCACAGCCUUCAAUGACUGGAGUAAGGAGAAACAGUUCCGGGGCCUGCAGAGCCGCAUUGAGCAGGAGCAGAAAUUCACCGUGGUCCGGGCCGGCCAGGUGGUCCAGAUCCCUGUGGCUGAGAUCGUGGUCGGGGACAUCGCCCAGAUCAAAUAUGGUGACCUCCUUCCUGCCGACGGCCUCUUCAUCCAGGGCAAUGACCUCAAGAUCGAUGAAAGCUCGCUCACAGGGGAGUCUGACCAGGUGCGCAAGUCUGUGGAUAAGGACCCCAUGCUGCUGUCAGGGACCCACGUGAUGGAGGGAUCAGGACGGAUGGUAGUGACUGCUGUGGGUGUGAACUCUCAGACUGGCAUCAUAUUUACCCUGCUUGGGGCUGGAGGUGAAGAAGAAGAAAAGAAAGACAAAAAAGGUGUGAAGAAGGGGGAUGGCCUUCAGCUACCAGCGGUCGACGGCGCAGCACCUGCAAACGCUGCAGGUAGCGCAAAUGCCAGCCUAGUCAAUGGUAAAAUGCAGGAUGGCAGUGCCGACAGCAGCCAGAGCAAAGCCAAGCAGCAGGAUGGGGCAGCUGCUAUGGAGAUGCAGCCCCUCAAGAGCGCAGAGGGUGGCGACGCAGAUGACAAGAAGAAAGCCAACAUGCACAAGAAGGAGAAGUCGGUGCUUCAGGGCAAGCUCACCAAGCUGGCUGUGCAGAUCGGCAAGGCGGGCCUGGUGAUGUCAGCCAUCACAGUAAUCAUCCUGGUGCUCUACUUCACCGUGGACACCUUCGUGGUCAACAAGAAGCCAUGGCUGACAGAGUGCACGCCCGUCUACGUGCAGUACUUCGUCAAGUUCUUCAUCAUUGGUGUGACGGUGCUGGUGGUCGCUGUGCCCGAGGGCCUCCCUCUGGCUGUCACCAUCUCCCUGGCCUAUUCUGUGAAGAAAAUGAUGAAGGACAACAACCUGGUACGCCACCUGGACGCCUGUGAGACCAUGGGCAAUGCCACGGCCAUCUGCUCGGACAAGACAGGCACGCUGACCACCAACCGCAUGACCGUGGUCCAGGCCUACGUCGGCGAUGUCCACUACAAGGAGAUCCCUGAUCCCAGCUCCAUCAAUGCUAAAACCAUGGAGCUGCUGGUCAACGCCAUCGCCAUCAACAGCGCCUACACCACCAAGAUCCUGCCCCCGGAAAAGGAGGGCGCCCUGCCGCGGCAGGUGGGCAACAAGACUGAGUGUGGCCUGCUGGGCUUCGUGCUGGACUUGAAGCAGGACUACGAGCCGGUGCGCAGCCAGAUGCCGGAAGAGAAGCUGUAUAAGGUGUACACCUUCAACUCCGUGCGCAAGUCCAUGAGCACCGUCAUCAAGAUGCCCGACGAGAGCUUCCGCAUGUACAGCAAGGGUGCCUCCGAGAUCGUGCUCAAAAAAUGCUGCAAGAUCCUUAGUGGAGCGGGGGAGCCCCGUGUCUUCCGGCCCCGUGACAGAGAUGAGAUGGUGAAGAAGGUGAUAGAGCCCAUGGCCUGUGACGGGCUCCGUACCAUCUGUGUGGCCUACCGUGACUUCCCCAGCAGCCCUGAGCCCGACUGGGACAAUGAGAAUGACAUUCUCAAUGAACUCACAUGCAUCUGCGUGGUGGGCAUUGAAGACCCAGUGCGACCUGAGGUCCCAGAAGCCAUCCGCAAGUGCCAGCGGGCAGGUAUCACAGUCCGCAUGGUCACUGGUGACAAUAUCAACACAGCCCGGGCCAUUGCCAUCAAGUGUGGCAUUAUUCACCCUGGAGAGGAUUUCCUGUGCUUGGAGGGCAAAGAGUUCAACCGGAGGAUCCGCAAUGAGAAGGGGGAGAUUGAGCAGGAGCGGAUUGACAAGAUCUGGCCAAAGCUGAGAGUGCUGGCUCGCUCCUCGCCCACGGAUAAGCACACGCUGGUUAAAGGCAUCAUUGACAGCACACACACUGAGCAGCGGCAGGUGGUGGCUGUGACAGGGGAUGGGACCAACGAUGGACCUGCUCUCAAGAAGGCCGAUGUGGGCUUCGCAAUGGGCAUCGCAGGCACAGAUGUGGCCAAGGAGGCCUCAGACAUCAUCCUGACAGACGACAACUUCAGCAGCAUUGUCAAGGCAGUGAUGUGGGGCCGGAAUGUCUAUGACAGCAUAUCCAAAUUCCUGCAGUUUCAGCUGACGGUCAACGUGGUGGCUGUGAUCGUGGCCUUCACAGGUGCCUGCAUCACACAGGACUCCCCUCUCAAGGCCGUGCAGAUGCUUUGGGUGAACCUCAUCAUGGACACGUUCGCCUCCCUGGCCCUGGCCACAGAGCCGCCCACUGAGACUCUGCUCCUGAGGAAACCUUACGGCCGCAACAAGCCGCUCAUCUCGCGAACCAUGAUGAAGAACAUCCUGGGCCAUGCCGUUUACCAGCUCACCCUCAUCUUCACCCUGCUCUUUGUGGGUGAAAAGAUGUUCCAGAUCGACAGCGGGAGGAACGCACCCCUGCACUCACCCCCUUCAGAGCACUACACCAUCAUCUUCAACACCUUCGUCAUGAUGCAGCUUUUCAACGAGAUCAACGCCCGCAAGAUCCACGGCGAGCGCAACGUCUUUGACGGCAUCUUCCGGAACCCUAUCUUCUGCACCAUCGUGCUGGGCACGUUUGCCAUCCAGAUAGUGAUCGUGCAGUUUGGCGGAAAGCCCUUCAGCUGCUCUCCGCUUCAGCUGGACCAGUGGAUGUGGUGUAUCUUCAUCGGCCUGGGAGAGCUUGUCUGGGGCCAGGUCAUUGCCACCAUCCCUACCAGCAGACUCAAGUUCCUGAAGGAGGCAGGGCGGCUCACACAAAAGGAGGAGAUUCCUGAGGAGGAGUUAAAUGAAGAUGUGGAGGAGAUAGACCAUGCAGAGCGGGAGCUUCGCCGUGGCCAGAUCCUGUGGUUCCGGGGCCUGAAUCGGAUCCAGACACAGAUCCGCGUCGUGAAGGCGUUCCGUAGCUCUCUCUAUGAAGGGUUAGAAAAACCCGAGUCUCGAACCUCCAUCCAUAACUUCAUGGCUCAUCCUGAAUUCCGGAUCGAAGAUUCCCAGCCUCACAUACCCCUCAUCGAUGACACCGACCUGGAAGAAGAUGCCGCGCUCAAGCAGAACUCGAGCCCGCCGUCCUCGCUCAACAAGAACAAUAGCGCCAUCGACAGCGGGAUCAACCUGACGACCGACACGAGCAAAUCAGCUACCUCUUCAAGUCCAGGGAGCCCCAUCCACAGCCUGGAGACGUCGCUUUAGCUGAGGCCCCUGUCGCCUGGCCAUCCUCAUGGACCUGCCGCCAUCCGCCUCCGGGCGCACACCCUUCCAGGCACCGACUCCCCGAUGCAGCAAGGAGCACUGGGCAGAACACACACAGCAGAAAGAGAACCCGGUUCCACCCACAGACCCUUUCUCUGGCUGCCAUGCUGUUUGAACUCUUUUUCACUCCUAGGUCAUGGACAGGGUUGCCCUGGGGUCAUCUGGAGCAGAGAGUGGCGUGGGUUUUGUUUUGCUUUUGUUUUUCAAAAAAUAAUAAUAAUUAAUUAAUUAUUUUAAAAAAAAGAGCCCUUCCAGGCUCCAAAGGACCAGCCAUGCACCCGCCGGCCACUAUGUCCCCAGCAUGAAUGUACCUGGACACUUUCAGCCCCCUCUCUCAUUUGGUUCUUGGAGGGUUGGGGAGGAGAGGUUUUUGUUUGUUUUCUUAGGCGGGAACUGCAAACAGACUGCUGUUCAUUCAGUUCACUGGUCUGUGAGGUUUCAAAUGCUUGCCCAGCAUGGUCUCAGAUGUCUAGAUUAAUUUAAUAACUUUUUGAAAUCACAGAGUAGGUUUGCACCAAUGGAACCCAAGAACUCCACGGACACUCAUGAGGUUAUAUCCGUUUCUUUGUAUCUAUAUCAACGUAUACUUCUUGGAGACUGUAUACGUGUAUAUAGAUAAGUAGAUAUUAUAUAUAUACAUAUAUAUAUAUAUACAUGGAUAUAUAAAGUUCCUUUGCCGGCAUGUUGCCUUGUUUCUGCUUAAAUUGCUCUAUUUUAACUUAUGUCCUAAAAGAAGAAUGUAAUUUGUUUACAAACCUGUAGAUAAUGUCUUUGGAUAUUUGUGUGGUUUAAGGACACUGGUGACUAAGAUGCUUAUGAACAGCUCGGCCCAACAGACACAUCCCCUGGAUUGCAUCCUUGAAGUUUUACAAUAGCCAUGCUCUGAUUUUUGCCUGCUAUUUCCGUUCAAUAACGUCACUACUGUGGGAAGCUCAGGCAGAAAGCCAAUGGCUCCCAAGGAUCCAUCCUGAGGAGCUAAGCAACACGCUCCACCGUAGACAAGGGAGAAGAGGAGAGAAGGCUUCCCGGGUCUGCAACACGCCUGACCAUCCAGGUCCGAGACGCCAGCGUCUGUAGUGCACCGGUAGAAGGCUUUUCUCUCAAUGAAACUCGCUUGAGUUUACAGAGAGCAUUUCAGAACUGAGUUGUCUUUGGCGCUGUCUGUGACUCGAGGUAGUGUUCACAUAUUACAAAUGCUAUUGUGUUGAUUUUUUUUUAGUUAGUAAUUUAAACAUUUCUUUCCUUAUAUAUGGCAGCAUAGGCACUGCCGACAUAUUGGAUGAGGGUCGGUACGGCUUGCUGCUUUUGUUUUUCUUUUUGAAGAAGAAUAGCCUUUUUUCUCUGCACUAUUUAGAUCCGAAUGAACCUUAUGAUGUGUACAUUGAGAUGUAUUCAGUGUGAUUUUUAAACCAAAUUGUCUUCCUGUAGUCACAAUAUAUACUGUAGCCUUUUAACAGCAAGCCCUGCUUUCCCAGACAGAAAGCCAUUCUGAUAUCUUCCCAUAUCACAGAUGAGAAAAGGUGGUUACCCCCUCCCCAACAAUAACAGCACUAGUAGUCCCACUCAAUAAGAGCUUGUCUGUCGGCCUCUUAACUGCUAAGCACUUUGUGGGUCUCAGCUUUUUUUCAUAAAAGAACUUUUGUAUUUAAUACAAAGUUUGCUUUGAGACUUUUCAGCAUACAAUCUUUUUCCAUAAACUUGUACAGUGCAAAAGACAUUUUGAAUACCAUGAUCGAUGAUGUCCCGUGCUUCGAGGGAAACCAAACACUUCCCGCCUCACUUGUGAACGCCAUCCUUCACCCCCACCUUCCCACAAUUGCUCCUCGCUCCUCAGUCUGGCCCCCAGCCCUCCUCCAGGCCCAGAGACCUCUUCACUAAACAAGAUGACAGCCACUUGGGAAAAGAGCCAUAGUCAGCUGGGAGGGCCCACGUCUGGAUGGCUGUGGAAAAAAACUUGAGUUUUGGUUUGGGGUUCAAAGUCAGCCCAUCCCACCUGGCCACAAUCUUUCUGUCAGGAAGAAUGUCUUGAAGGAAUCUGAGUGUUUCCAGGAGAGAGAGCUGCCUCUCCAGCAAUGGUGGACCAGCCCUAGAUGUACUGCUGGAUUCCAUACAGACACCAUCAGAACCAUCCCACGGUACCCCUCCAGGGAGGGAAAGGAAAUCUGGGGCAGCCUUGGAACAGGAUAGGUUUUUGGUUUGGAGUUUGUCGUUGUUAUUGUUGUUUGGUUGGUUUGGGGUUUUUUUUUAGGGGGGACUCCUUUGUCACAUUUUUCAUCCUGCCCUCCAUUCAGUCAUGCGUCUGUGACCUCAUUCCAUGCCACCAGGGUCCUUGGGCUUCGCAGCCAGGCCUCAAGGGCAAGCAGGAAGAGGUCCUCAGAGUAGAGCCAGCUUCUCCAACAGGGAGCAGAGGAAACUAGUAAGGAGGCCCGCCAUUAGCAUCAGCUUCCCGGUGUCAGGAAUGAGGGGCAGCUCUAUGCCCUUCACCCUCACGCUCAUACUCAGUCAUCCACACAUGCAUUCACCUACACAGGAGAUGGUUGGUUUAUCAGAACCCACUGUAGUACACAAAGCUUGCACCUUCCGCGCCCUAUAUCUAGCAGCAUGGGAUACGUUUGGCAGUUCACCCCACUAGGGGGUCAAUAAUUUAUGACCAUUCAUCUGUUUUUAUGAAUUUUUUUAUCUAGACAAUAAUUGUAAAUAAAGAAUUCACCGUCUCUGCUCAUUUAAUACUA